AUGCUUCGCUCUACCGACUUAUUUUUUGUCGUGUUGGGAUUUGUCGUCUACACACUCAUCGACAUACAAAGUAAACAACGGGAUAUUUUGAAAAAGUGAGUUUUUUUAUAAAAAUGAGUAUUUUUUUGAAUUUAGGAUACAAAAUCAACCGGAAAAUACACAAGAAAAUGUCAAAAACGCGCCAGUUGCUUGGGUACGUGGGAAAAAGGUACGUUCUAGUGGGACAAAAAAUGCAAAAAAUGAGGUAUAAAAUGGUAACAACUAGUUAUAGAGUUAUAAUCACUAAAUUAGUUUGACAUUAAUUUUAAAUGUGUAAAUAUAUUUUUAGAGUUCAACGGAUUACCUAAAGCACAUAAAGACUGUAUUUAAACGAGUGGGCUACGAUGUCGUAGAAGGUGAAGCUGAGCCACAAAAGUGGGAUGUCUUUUGGUCUCACGAAUAUCCAUUUACAACAUACAAAGAUGUUAUACAGAAGGUACAGCCAACGCAAUUGGUCAACCAUAUACCUGGUAGUUCGUAUUACACCUUUAAAGUAAGGAUUUUUGAAAUAAUCAACACUGCCGUACCUUACCAUUCUACCUUACUCUAUGCUACAUUAUUUUGCCAAAAGCAAUCUUAUUUUUUGCGCAAAAUUUUUUUUUCGUAUUUUACAGACAAUUAUUUUAGGUAUUCCUCGCAACAGCAGGAUUGUCCAAAGGAAUUCCGAAGUCAUUUGCUUUACCUCAACAAAGCCAUGAUUUCAAAGAAUAUGCCAAAAAGAAUCCAAAGGUACAGUGGGUUCAGAAGAGUAACGCUCAUCGAGAAAUUCGAAUUUUAAAGACUGACCAAGUAGAAUUGAGUCGUGCUGAUAGUUUUGUACAGGAAUAUGUCAGUAAUCCAUUAUUGAUUGACGGAAAGUAAGUUUUUUUUUCAAAACUUAAAAAUUAUUGCAAAUUUUUUGUCAACAGUGAAAAAAUAUUAAUAAUUUUUGAAAAAUAGCAAAAUCUUUGCUGAGAAGAGUGAAAUUCACUUUUUAGGAAAUUUGAUCUUGGUAUCUACACCGUUGUGACAUCUUUAUCACCACUACGAGUUUACAUUUACGAAAAUGAAAUUUUACUUCGAUUCUGUCCAAAAGAAUACCAUCCAUUUGAUGCCAAUGACUUGGAUAAAUACGUCGUUGCUGAUGAUUACACACCUAUUUGGGAGGUAUGUUUUUAAAACAAGAUUCUUUUAUUUACUUCAAUAUCUUUCUAUAAAAUUUCUAUUGUUGUCUUGGAUUUUAUUUUGUUGUUUUACACAGUUUUAUAUUGUUUUUUAAAGUAAACAAGUUAAUUUACAUUCCAGAUGCCUUCAUUCAACAAUACCUACAAUACUCAAACGUUGUCGUUCAAAAACUCGUUGGCGGUUUAUCUGGAAUCUCAAGGAAAAUCGAUAAAUACAAUUAUGGAUCAAAUACGAUCGACGAUUCGUGAAGUUUUUGAACGACUAAAUCAAAAAAUGACAUCAAAUUUGCAUUCGUUCGAAAACUCAGAAGUAUUUUUCGAACUAAGCAGAUUUGACUUUUUGAUUGACGAAGAUUUAAAUGUGUAUUUGAUGGAAGCUAACAUGUCACCAAAUUUGAGUUCUCAGCAUUUUAAGCCUAACGCUUUAUUGUACGAGCAGUUAUUGAUCAACAUGUUUUCAUUACUGGGCAUCAGCAAUACUUAUAAGCUCGCCAAGGAAGUAAAGUAGGUUUUUCUAAUGUAAUUAUAAAUCAGAUGGAAAAAAUGUCAAGCUUAUUAUGAAGCAAAUUUUAGGUCAGACAUUUCACUGCGUCAAAUUGAAGUCCCAGACAGAUCCUUAUUUAUAAAUUUACCAAGUUGUAACCAAAAGUGUAAAGAUUGCCCGGAAACUGUGGAAAUGUGCCAGCUAUGUGCCAAUUGUAUGCCAAAUUCGCUAAAACUACACUUGGAAAAUGCAUAUUACGAACACUUAAAUCGACGUGAAAUGAAAAGAGUUGCCCCGAGCGUAGAAGACGCUUUUUCAAAACUGACGAAGUUCGACAGGUUACAACAAAUUUGGUUUAAGAAUAAGUGUUUGGAGGACAAAAUUUACUGUUGA